CGGAAGCGAGGCGAGUCUGGCCAGGGCCGCCGCCGCGGAGCCGCCGCCAUGUCUACGGCCAUGCACUUCGGGAGCAAGAGCUUCAAGCCGAGGCCGCCGGACAAAGGCGCCUUCCCGCUGGACCACUUCGGUGAAUGUACGGCUUUCAAAGAAAAAUUCAUGAAGUGUCUGCAGGCGAAUAACUUUGAGAAUACUUUGUGCAGACAGGAAUCAAAAGAAUACUUAGAAUGCAGAAUGGAGAGGCAACUUAUGGCCAAAGAGCCCCUGGAAAAGCUGGGAUUUAAAGAACUGACCAAACAGAAAUCAGAGGACCAGUCCGAGACAGUGUAAAGAAGAAAAUAAACAGCCCCGAUUGUCUCUUGCAAAAGGUUUUGGGCCUGCGAUAGUGCAUAGUGUAUGUUGUAUAUUUUAUGUCUGGUCACAGGAUGUGUUCUGCAACGCAGUGCUGUACAGACCAUGUAGAAGAUGCAGCCAAGAUGGGGCUGCUCAGAAAUCCCACUGAGUUUAAUGUGGCUUAUUUCCAGGUAAGAACUGUUGGAUUGCAAUUCUCUGGGAAUGAAUCCUGUUGCGGGGAGUGCGGCUUGCUUCCUAAUCGGCGGUGCUGUCCAGUGAUGAUGCUUUCCGUGGAAAUGCUCGUAUUAUGGAGGACGAAUCCCAAACCCCAUUGACUCUGUGAGUGAAUACAAAUUCAAGACCAUGAGCAAGUCCUGCCUCACAGGGCUGUUGUGAGGAUAAAGUAGGGAGCAGGAUUACAUAAGCCAACUUGGGCUUCUUGCAGGAAAAAAGUGAGAUAUAAUACGUAAACGAAUCAACCCACAAAGUCACAAGAAAUGCCAGCUCCAGUGUCCUUUUCAGAGCUGUUUUUUUUAAUCUGGUGCUCCACACGACUACAACUCCAGUGAUGGAAGACGGACUACAACUCCAAUAAUUGCCUGCCAGGAAGGCCAUUGCCCACCCCUCGGAGCUGGCCUGAGAACAUUUCCUUUCAUCAGCCAUUCAUAGUUUGCUUGUUACGAAGGGGUUUGCAAAUAUGGGCAGCCUUAACAAUUUAGAGUUUUCCGUGCUUGAGCAUUUCAGAGGUUCUUCCCCGAAAUAAUUCUCAGGCGCUUAAGGGUAGAAUAAAUGAUGCUGAAGCAAUUCCCUUAAAUUUGCACUCAAAGCAAAGGUGCCCUGCAUGGAAAUGUGAAGAAAUCGUUCCUGAUUUCAUGAUGGAAAUGUUGAUGUUUUGCUUUUAAAUGCAGGCCAUCUUCUCCUCUAGUUGGUGGCAUGCCAAUGAUACUCCUUAUGUGAUGAAAGAAAUGAGGAGCCAGUGUGGCUCAGUGGUUAGAGCAUUGGACUGGGGUCCUGGGAGGUCCAGGUUCUGGUCCCCACCCAGCCAUGGAGCCAACUGGGUGACUUUGGGCCAGUCCUUCACUCUCAGCCCAACCCACCUCACAGGGUGGUGUUGUGAGGAUAAGAUGGAGGGCCAGCCUCGGUUCCUUGCAGGAGAAAAAAGGUAGGAUAUAAAUACAACAUCAUCAUAUUAAUCAUGUUAAUAUGGCAGCUCUUUCUUCCCCAAAGCUCAAUAUUUCAAUCGCACAGUCUGAAUUCAGUGAGAAAAAACAAGUGAUAUUGUUCGUUUAUUUCCAAAAUACACAAGUACAUGCA